AUGCCUUCACCGGCAGAAAAAGACGGCGAGGAACCAGAACGGCCACAUUCUACCAAGGCCAUAAGGACGAGCCGAUUUGUAGAUGAAGGAGACAGACCAUCGUCUCGGUUCAAAACGUUGUCUUCCCGUGCGGAUGCGGGCCGCAAUAGCUCCAUUGUCAAUCUCAGACCCAGUCAAAAUGAUCCAUCCUUCAAAACGUCCUUCAAAACGCAACAACCAAAAGGCAAUGUGGCUGAAAUUCAUAGGCACAAGGUCGACCCAGAUUGCGUAUUGGUCGUCAUGGACCUGUUCUACGAAUUGGAAGUUCAGACCGAGCAGCUCAGGCGCUCAUCAUUGGUAGAUUCCUGCCUAGCGAACUCGACGGCGCAGACCAUCAUCGCCGCACUUCGCCGCCUCUUCACCAUUUUGAUAUGUCCUUGCUCUGAGCGCGCUGAGGUUGGCAUGUUGAUAUAUGCCAUCUGCAUGACCAUCAUCGAUAUGCACGCCAUGACAAUCACCAAGUCCGUUCGCAACAACCCACCGCCACCGGUGCUGGGUCAGACGGGUCUUUGGGAUGAUCAUGGAGCGUCUACGCAGGAGCCGCCGGAAAACGAAGCCGUGGCUAUGCUGGUAUUAGGAGAGCUAUCCAAGAUGGCCAAGUUAGUUUUGCAAUUCAUCGAGCGGUACAGUGGAGAUGUGGAGGGUAAACAGCCCCUUCCGGAAGAACACGAGAUCCCAUUCGACUUUCUGCCGGCUUUGGGCAACCUCAUGCGGGAGAGGCUGCAGCAAAUUACAAACGAUGCAACAUAUUGGCUAGGAUAG